AUGAACGCUCUGCGGGGAGUAAAGGUCGUCGAACUGUGCGGUGUGGCACCGGUCCCGUUCUGUGGACAAAUCCUGGCCGACUUUGGCGCCGAUGUGACACUGAUCAAUGUGAGCUUUGCGCUAUUUUUGUUUGUCUAUAGGCACUAGGGGUUACGGUAGCCGCGGCGACGGAUAAAGAAAGAAGUUGGCUGGAAAUUUUGGGUCGAUUUUUCGAAUUUUUAGUCAUUGAAGGGCUGAAGAGGUGCUCAAAGUGCGACGCUCAGAUUUUCAGCACUGCCAUUUCACAGAUACCAGUCUGUCGGGAAAAUAAUGUGGAUUUGUUGCACUCCGAAAUGUCACAUCAUCGCUUGGCGACGGCUUGACGGAGAGUUGCUGCCCGACUGCGAGGCAUUCUGCCACGACAAAUCCACAUUAUUUCCCCGAGACACUAAUAUGAGUCUGUCGGGAAAAUAGUGACCGCUCUGCCGCAUCGAAAAUCGCAUCGCCGCAGAGAGAAUGAAUUGCAUCGCGGCAAAAUCAAAUUGCUUUUCACAUCAGCGACGCGAUCGGCGGAGCGACUCUGCGCUCGUUAUUUCCCCGACAGACUGAUACAGCUAAAAUACCAUAGAUUUGAUAAAACUUGGCACAAAUUUACCCAGAUUUUGAUGAAACUUGGCACAAAUUUAGAAUCAAUUUUUUGGGCAUAUCCGAGACUUCUAGCUCGUGAUUUGCAGGAACGACCGAGAUUUUUAAGUCGAAAGUUGGUAUAAAUGUGACACUUUUUUUGUGAAUUUUAGCAUGAAACAGUAUCACACCUAUUAUAUUUCUAGCGCCGAUGGUAAUGCCUUCACAAAAAAAUAACUUUUUUCGUUUGAAAAUGGCAAAAGUAUGGCCAAAAUGUGGUUUUUCUGUAACUUCUCUCCGCGUUUUGCGUAUUCUCUCGGCUGUAGGGAUCGUUGAAAUAUCUCGGCGGUCCCUGAAAAGCAAGAGCUAAGUUUUUCAGGAUUUGAAAUGUGGCCCUUCCCCGAAUGGUGUCCAAAAUUUAAAGAAAAUCUGAGCGUCGCUCUUAGGGUACCCGUAGUUAAUUUACUCAGAAUUGGCACCAAUUUUUGAUAAUUUUUUCCAUAUCCCGCGGCUGGAUAUUUGGUUCGCGACUAUAACAGGGUGAAAUUUUUCACUGCGACAAAUCCACAUUAUUUUCCCGACAGAAUAAUAUGCGGCUCGUUUUUGAAAAUUUUAGUAUGAAAAAUGUCAUACCAACUUUUUAUCGCAGAGAACAUUAUUUUUUGCAUUAUGAUCACAUAAUCUUCCCUCUCUUCUCUUCUCAAAUUGAUAAAAAAUCUGGUCAAUUGCUUGUUUGUUUCGGAAAACGGGAAAAAAACGUGAACGCAUUCAUUUUUUAUCAUCAUUUGAUGAUAACCAAAAUUCCACAGCGAAACUAACAUGAAACCAACAACAAAAAAGUCUUUUCGCCGCUGAAAAUACCAUAAAAUUCCGUUUUCAGAAGGUGACGUCAUCCUUUUCGGCCGGCUUCACUCGGAACAAGAAGAUCAUCCAAUUGGAUUACGAAUCCGAUAUUGCGAAAAUCCGCGACCUAAUAAAUGAAGCCGACGUCCUGCUGGAUCCGUAUCGGCCCGGGAUCCUCGAAGCCAUGGGGCUGGAUCCCUCAAUUUUGUUCGACUCCAACCCCCGCCUAAUCGUGUGCCGGAUCAGCGGCUACGGGCAGACCGGAGAGAUGAGAAUGAAGGCCGGACAUGACCUCAAUUUCCUCGCCUUGUCCGGUAUCUUACCGCUAAUUACGAACGCCAACAACCGACCCUGGCCGCCGGCCAACAUUCUCUCCGAUUUUGCGGCCGGCAGUCUGAGCGGAGCGUUCGGCAUUUUGGCGGCGUUGGCGGAGCGUGAGAGGACGGGCAGAGGCGGAGUGGUGGAUGCCAGCAUCACGGACGCGGUCACGUAUUUGAGCUCCUUCUUGUUCGCACACAAGGAGAACAAGUUGAUAUGGGACGAGCAGAUUGGAUGCUUUAAGGGGAACAAUCCGCAUUACAGGUGAGAAAAGGAGUCUGUUCACGUUCAGGGGUUUAUCAGACGGUCGGGAAAAUAAUAAACACAAUGUCGCUGCGCCGAUCGCUUGCUGAAGUGAAAAGCAAUUUGUUUUUGCCGCGACACGAUUCAUUUUCUCAGCGGCGAUGCGAUUUUUGGCGCGACAGAAAGCUCAUUAUUUCCCUGACAGACUGUUAAACAGGGGAGGUGGACGUGCGACGCUCAAAUUUUUAUGUAACCUAGUGCAAAUUUCUCAAUAAGUUUUUCUAUGGCCAAUGCUGUCUACAUAUAUUCCUUUAGGGCAUAGAGACGCCGAGAUUUUUAGCCGCAGUUUGGCGAAAAUAUUGCACCUUUUUGCGAAAUUUGCCAUAAAAUUUUUCGUGCCUACUUCUCCCUAUUUCUUUCCUUUCUCAAUAAAGCAAUUUUUCCAUGCGAAACUGACAAAGGUAUGGCCGAAAAGUGUUUUCUCGCAGGCCGCUCACCGCCUUCGCGUGCUCUGCCGGCGGCCAAGAAUGUUCAAUAUUCCGGCUGCUCCUGUAAAGCGCGAGCUUGGACUUCUACGAAUAUAUGUGGCUUUCGCCCAGGAGUUUUCAACACUGAUUACAGUAACAUAAUUUACAGGAUCUACUCUACAAAAGACAACAAGUUCAUCGCAGUUGGGGCAUUGGAGCCAAAGUAUCAGAUCAUGGUCAUGAAAACCUUGGGCAUUGACGUUUCGCUAAUUACAAAGUUCAAAAAGCUUACUGCAAUCAUGGAGGAGAAGUUCAAGAAGAAGACGAGAGAGGAGUGGACACAAAUUUUUAACAGUAAGUGGUUUUACCUGGGACUUUAGCACGCUUGGAGAGGCGGGCCGACCUUGGCUGACGCUCAAGCCCAGGGCCGCAAAAAGCCCAGUCCAUUUGCCAUGUCUGGUCUUAACAAUCAAUUCUUUAGAUAUUGACGCCUGUGUGACGCCGGUACUCGACAUCGAUGAAGUCCAAAACAACAGCCUUCAAAGGUCAAGAGGAAUCUUCAAAGACGGUGAUGCCCUUCCUCAACCGUCUCCUCGGAUCUAUCCAAGCACCAUUUAUGCCAAAAUAUCAUCAAAAUUGUAA